CCUCGAGGUGUCACACGCAGUGCUUUUGGCUGGUGAAGAAGUGCGUGCAGGUGAAGUGGCGGCGUUCGGACGAGGAUAUUCCAUGCCGCAAAGGCUUCAAGGUGUGACGAGGAAUAGAAGCAAUGUCCUGGCUCCACCGAUCCACAAGCCCAGCAAAGAUCUCGUCACCAAGGAGAUCGUGAUUAAUGAUGCACCAGUAGCGGCUAGGAAUCUCUUGACCAAAGGGCAAACGCAGGACGAGAUAUCGCAGAGUUCGGGGGCGUCAAUCUCCACUCGUGGCAGAUAUAUAAGUCCGGCUGAGAAGAGUAGUGGCAAAAUUCAUGAACGGCCACUGUACCUCUAUAUCCAAGCGCACUCGAAACAUUCACUAGACUUGGCCGUGCAGAAGAUUGGACAAAUCAUUCAAAUGGAGGGUCCUCAUCACCAGAGAAUGCCCAAGUAUGGGGGUGGAAAUCAGACAAUGCCUCCCUCAAACACAUGCGUAGAGAAAAUAAUGAUCGGGCUGGAACAUGCUCCACCAGCGUUUGAUCUUCGUGGACGCCUCAUUGGUGUCGGAGGGGCCAAUUUACACUACAUCAGGAAUGAGACUGGUGCCAUGGCGACUUUAAGAGGUCGAGGAUCGAUGUUUUUGGAUCCACAGUUUGGCCAAGAGUCCCCAGAGCCGCUGCAUUUGUACAUAGAGCAUUUGCGACCAGAAGGACUGCAGGCAGCUCGACAGUUGGCGAAGAAUCUGAUCGAGACGCUACAGCAGGAACUGAUUCAAUUUCAACAGAUGAAUCCUCCGGCUACGAGCAUUCAGUACCACACUCCAUCCACGGUGACGCAAACUUCUGAACAACAAAUCUACACUCCGCAGCAAAUAGUGCAGAUGGGAAUCCCACCACCAAUAAUAGCGGUGCCUCCGCCUGUCAUUCAGGCUCCUACUGUGCUGCAACAGCAAAACUUGGCUCAAUCAGCGUCACAAAUUGUGCCACCGCCACAGUAUCAGGCGCCCCAGAACUCAGCUCCAACACCUAUUCAGUCGGCCCCACAGCAUUCGAUCAUUCAGCACUCUGUCCCCAUUCAAUUACACCCCAACGGCAAUGUAAUGAUCCAACAGCAAGUGCAAACGAAUCCGCCUACGUUGACAAGUAUAAAUCUACCGCCGCCGGGUGUACACAUCCCUCUGAAGUCGGGGUCUUUGGUGCAAGUACAAGCAGCGCCCCCAAUGCCGGUGUUCUCACAGCCUCCACCAAACAUUCAGCUGCAACAGCAACCUCCUCCAUCGCAAAUUAUUCUCAAUCAAGCACCGCCGAACAACUAUCAGUAUCAGUACAUUCAGCAGCAACCACAGUUGCAGCAAAAUGAGGCGCAACAACAGCAGGGACAUGUCACAAUUCAGCACAUUUAUCAGCCUCAACCACAAAUUCAGAGGAUCAUUCAUCAGAAUCCGGCACCCCAGCAAAUUGAGCAAUUCCAGCAGAUUCGGCCAAGUCAACAGUACAUCACGCUUCAGGGGAACACGGCAUAUGUGGUACCCCCGCCAAAUAUUGUUCAGCAGACCGGAACGAGUCAGCCAACGCCGAAUCCGCCAAAUGUGGUAUUCUCCACGCAACUGCCACCACCGCAAUCUCAUCAGGAAAUUACGGCGUUUGCUGGGGCGAAUGCCAAGCCACCGGAAUCGAGUGGGAUGGGUGCGAUGCCCCUGGAGGAGAGAAAGUUUGAUUCGAAGAGUCCAGAGUAUGACCAAAACAAACUAGAUAGAGCAAUUAAUGAAAAUGCAAUUAACAAAAAUGGUGUGGAUGGUCCUCCGGCUACAAUGAACUCUUUUGGUCCAAGGCCACCUGUUCAGCAAAAUACUGUCGCAAUGACAUCUAUUCCCAUCAUUCAGGCUCCACCACCAAUUAUGUCAAUUCCGCCGCCAGGGAUUCACCAAAUAAUUGGGAACACAUAUUUAACAACGGCGCCAUCACAGCAGGACAACUACAACGCUACUCCGGUGUCUAUUCACCAGAUUCAGCCUCCUCCCCAACAGUCAAUCCAUAUGUCCACUGUCACGGCCCCUACUCAGCAUCAUGUAGUGCUCAAUCACUCCUGGCAGCCACCUCCAAAUCAGAUCCACCACAUUGCUUCUGCUAAUCAAAUCCAGAAUGUGCAGAUAUCGCAUCAGAUUCGCAAUCCAGGGAGUGAGAUAAUUGUGGGCAAUCAGAUUAUAAGUGCCCCAAGCACUGAGGUACCGCCUCAACAUAAUUCCAUAAUUACAACUCUUCCUCCGGCACCGGGAAUGCAGAUGCAGUUUCAGCCACCAGCACCUCCUCAACAGAUGCCUGAUGGUGGGCCUCCGCCGCAAUUUGGCGAAAUGCAUCAAAUACCGAACAGCAUGGCGCAGAGGAUGAUGCAUGCGGGAUCAUUUGAAUGUUCUCCAAUGGAAAAAGGUGGUUCUAAAGGUGGUCCAAAGAACCAUUCGCCACAAAAUACUUGCUUCUCGUCGGAAAAUGCACAGAAACAGAUGGGACAAAUGCCAAGAAUUGGCAUGAAGCGAAAACAUGAAGAUGAGACUGGAACUGUUUCAACGUCGCCAAAAAUUGGAAUGGGAAAUAGUUGUGGAGAUUUUAUAGUAAACGUUCGAGAAACGCAAAAAACAGGGUGUCCGGAAACGACAACAUCAAGUGGCAAUGCGAACACGAAUAAUACAUCCGGGUCACCUUCAACAGCUAUUGCAUCAGCAUCAACAUAUGCCACAGAUGAGAGCAAAAUGGAUAAUGGCAAAACGGUGAAUAAAGUGCCGAUGGUGCCACUAAUGGGUGCUGAAGGACAACCUGAGCAGUUGAACUACUCCAGUGCAAAUUAUCUACCGCCUGGACAGCAACAGAGAUACAUGAUGGAGAAGAGCAGUGAUUUUGGCGGCGGCGGCAGUCAAGGGAAGAAUGAGGAGAAUUACGGACCCCCGCCGAUGCCGAUGAGAAAUGAGUUCCGGCCAAAUAUGAGGCGAUAUAUGGGGCAAGAUUCUAAUCCGCCAAUGCUGGAGCGCGGCGUGAUGAUCCCGCCACCUCCACAUCCAGGAGUUUUCAACAGAUCCGGAAACUAUGGAGGCUAUCAACAGAGGUUCAGAAGUCAAUGAAUUACGACAAGAUUGCGUCACAUUGGCUCAGCACAGUCCUGGAAAGUGUGUCUCUUUCAAGACUGCAGGAUAAUCCAAUGAAAAUAUUGGUAAUUUUGUGAGUUUCAUCUAUUCAUAUACUCAAAGUUCUUGUAUAUAGUUGUGUUCUAAGUAAGGAUGAGUGAAAGAGAUUUAAAAGUAUAAAAUAAUAAUGAGUUCAAUAAGUUAUUGAAUA